AUGUAAUUUAUAAAAUGACAUGAAUUAUCCAUCUUUCUUCUCCCCCACAAACUUAACAAUGGCGGUUCUCAACUUCGCCUUGUGUUGUCUCCCCCCUUCCAAACUCUCUUCUCUCCCAUUUCUUCAGAUCCCUAACUCUUCACAUGGACGGGCCCAGAUCAAAUUCACAUUCACUGAUGAUUCUUCCAUCAAUCUGGCGUCCAAAGCAUGCAUUACAGCUUUAAUAUCUGCUUCCCUCUUCUUUGCUGCUGAUCCUGCUCUUGCAUUCAAGGGUGGAGGACCCUAUGGUUCUGAAGUCACCAGAGGACAAGAUCUUACUGGAAAAGAUUUUAGUGGCAAGACUUUGAUCAAGCAAGAUUUCAAAACGUCCAUUUUGAGACAAGCUAAUUUCAAGGCUGCAAAGCUGGUUGGAGCAAGCUUCUUUGAUGCUGAUUUAACAGGAGCUGAUCUUUCUGAUGCUGAUCUGAGAGGUGCGGAUUUCUCCUUAGCGAACGUAACAAAGGCGAAUCUGACAAACGCCAACUUGGAAGGAGCACUUGUUACAGGGAACACGUCUUUCAAAGGAUCGAUCAUAACAGGCGCAGAUUUUACUGAUGUCCCUCUAAGAGAAGAUCAGAAGGAAUAUCUUUGUAAAAUUGCCGAUGGGGUGAAUCCGACAACGGGCAAUGAUACACGAGAAACAUUGUUUUGUAAGUAAGCCAUGUCACAGCGCUCUCGUUGCAUUCUAUUUAGGAGAUCUUGUUAUGAGGUGUGUAAAACUAUAUCAUUCUUUUAAAAAAUAUAUUCAAAAAGUUCCCACAUUUGUGUUUGGAUUGAAGAUCAUCAUAUAUUCAAAAAGUUCCCACAUUUGUGAUUGCAUUGAAGAUCA